AUGAUUGAUGACCAGCAGGCCAAUGCCAACUUCGCCCACGCGGCCAAGAAGCAGAAGCCGUCGGGCAAUCAGCCGAUCUCGAAGGCUUCCCUGGACGACAUGAUCAGGGCGGCGCAGCGCCCGCAGGGGUCCCCUGAGAAGUCCGAGGAGGGCUGCAGCGGGCUUGACAGCAUCGCCGCCGAGACCCCGCAGAAGGACCUAGUGGAGAGCGACGAGGAGCAACGAGACGCUGAGCUGGCUGCCGAAGCGGCGCUCGGAGUCCUGCAGGGCGACAAGAAGAGAGGCCAGAAGGGCGCUAAGAAGCGCGGCGCCAGCCUUGCCGAGGGGGUUGCGGACAGCGGGAAAAAGCCAAAGAAGGGUAAAACGGAUGGUUUCUUGGUCGCCUCCAAGGAGAAGGCAGACAAGGAGUUGAAGGAGCUUAUGGUGAAAUUCCAGAAGAACGCCUUACUGCCCGGCCCCCUCGCCAAUAAGAAGAAGGCUCUCUCGAAGAACAUGGUGGCGUUGCAGGAAGCGGUGCUGGGUCGGGAAGACGAGUGCUCAGUGAACGCGGUUGCCGCAUGGACGCUACUUGUGGAUUGCGGCGAGCGUAUGUUGGGUCUACUUGGAGCCUACUCGCAGUUGAAGGCCCUGAUCGGCCCCUCGAUGAAGCUGCGCGGCAAUGCCGCGCACGAUGCAGCCGCGAACUUCCAUGCCGAGAUGCAGCUGUGCCGCCAAGUGGACAGUUUGAUGCAACACAUGCCGUCUGCGUACCACGAGCUGGACUUCAAGAUCAUCGCGUGGCGUGCGAUCGAGGAGAAGACCUACGACGUGUUGGCUGCAACGAUCUCAUUGGUUCACGUCGGCGCAGCUUCGGGUUCGACCUUGACUGGCGACGGGGCGGCGGCCGUGCAGAGAUCCGUGAUGACAAAGUUAGUCCUUGAGAGCGUGCAGGGCCCCGAGCCAGGGGAAGUGCUGAGCGAGUGGUUGUCGGCGGUUGACUUCGAGCAGCAUGGCCACUUUGUCGAGGACAUCGUUCGCGACGUCGGCGUCAUCAAGCUCGUGAUCCAGACAGCGACGGCGAAGGAGGCGGAGACCAUGGUCGACUCGAACCUGGAGGCGCAAGUCGGCUACGCGAAGGCUGCCACGACUGGCCCUCUGUUCCACUUCCGGGUCUCAGCGUACGGCGGCAAGUGUUUGACGGAGUUGGCCAAGAAGGCGCAGUCCCAGAGAAGCAACAUGAUAUUCGAGAGGCGCUGGACGCAGACGUCAACCGAUAUGAAGGUGAUAGAGUCUUUCCAAUGGGAUGCGAAGACGUUCUUCACGGACUUGUUGUGCCAGGCGCAGGUGUUCGACCGAAUCGCAGAGAAUCGCACUUUCUUGAAGAGCGCUCCCGCGUCUUUCUGGACGCCUGAUGUCCAAGCCGCCGUGACAAUAUACGAAGAUGCGCUCAAGAAGAAAGUCUUCGUUGCUAUGGGCAGUGCCGUCUUGGACAUGUCGAGCUUUUUGGUGAGCCAGCUUGCGGAUCAUCUCGAGAAACUUCCCGAGGACGUAGCCGGUGCGGGCAAAUUCGUCGAGGACUUCAGCUUUAACGUCCAGGCGAUGACGGAGGAGUUCAAGGGCGGCUUCGCCAUCUUGUCCAAGCAGGCUAACACGGCUACGGCAAGCAUGAUGUCUUUCUUCGGACGCGCGAUCCAGGUGGCGAACAACAUUGUCAGCGUCUUGGACUUCGGGGCCAAGAAGGUCAGCUGCAAGAGCGCGGUCAAGGAGCUCGCGACCUCGGCCUGCUCCGACUUCGCCCGGAUGCGCGUGGCCAUGUCGAAGGACGGCGAUUGCGAUGCCUUGUUUGACGGUUUGAAGGAAUAUCUUGGCAUCCCCAGCAGCCACGAUGAUCUGGACCACGUCAACGCCAUCGUCAACCUGUGCAGUUCGAUUGAAUCCCACCUUGCUGAUAUUUCAGACGUGGUGUUCAGCGAGGCUGUUUUCUCGUUUGCCAUGUCCCUGUCGACGUUUGCGCCUGAGUUCAAGCAGCUUUGCGACAAGCUAGGCAAGACGGGCACGAUGACAGAGCACUUCUUUCCGAUCGACUUCGACGCCGCAGAUUUCGUGGGCAAGCUCACCGCGGAGGGGAUCGCCGUGGCGAUCCAGCAGCUGUCCCAGUUCAAGCGUGUUGACUCCUCUGAGAAGCAGCUGCGGGAUGCGGUGGCCGUCUGGAAAGACAGAUCCAUCCUCCGCGAGGUGCAGCUUGCCGUCUUCUACAACGACGCCCACGUAAUGUUUUACCGAGUGGCGAAUGCAUUCCACUCAACCAUCUUGUUGUCCUGCCCGGCGGUGCAUUGCCACAGGGCGGCGUUCGUGAGCGUGAAGUCCGCCGGUGCCAAGGCUAGCAAUUCUUCGAGUGGAGCUGGCGCUGAUCAGGUUGGUGAGCGCUAUAUUGUCAACAACGCGCUGGUGAACCUCAUCGGCGAGUGCCGCAAGAUGAACACUGGCUUGAAAGACUACGCGUCGCCCACUCUCGAGGUCACGAUCGGCGACGAGAAGGUCAAGGUGCUGCAGAGCAAGUGCAGGACUAUGGCAGACGCAGCGCUUGCAGGUAUUGCCUCAAAGGUUGCCAAGCGGUGGUUGGACGCCAUCGACGCUGGCCACACGGCGUUGUUAGAGCACUUCCCCGACGGCGACUGGAGGAAGAAGGCUUUGCUGGAGGUGGACGCUGACUACAUCAAGGGCACCCUCAUCAAGAACCCGAACCCGAAGCACGUCCGCAUGGCGCAGCUGUGCGAGUGGCUGGAGAACAACGUGCGUGAAACCAAGGAUCCAUGA